ACUCUUGAGGAGAAUGGUACCGUGAAUUUAGUGGCGAUUGUGAUCCUAUCCCGGGGAAAGUGCGGCCUCUCUACCUGCACCACGCGCUACCUGGUAGCCAUGGCAGCGGCGGAUCUACUGACCAUUGUCACCCAGGCCAUCUUGUAUCAAAUCAAUGGAUAUUACUUCCCCUGGAGUUUUCUGAGCAUCACCCCUGUGUGCUGUGUUAUCAAUGUACUGAUGUUCACAGCCAUAGACUGCUCCGUUUGGUUCACUGUCGCUUUCACCUUUGAUCGAUUUGUCGCCAUUUGCUGCCAGAAGCUGAAGACAAAAUAUUGCACCGGGAAAACUGCGGCUGUGGUUCUAAGAAUAACGGGCGUACUGUUCUGUCUGAAAAACGUUCCCCGAUACUUCACACGGAAACCCUGGGUGAUCAUCGACAAUAUACCGUGGUUCUGUGAUCUCGUGGACAAUUAUUUCACUGACCCUGGUUGGGUGGGAUACGACUGGCUCGAUACGGUUUUAACUCCGUUCUUUCCUUUCGCUGGGAUCCUGUUUCUCAACGCUCUGACAGUCAGACACAUUUUAGUGACCAGCAGGGUCCGUAAGGGGCUGAAGGUUCAGAGGAAAGGGGAUAACAGCAGUGACCCGGAGAUGGAGAGCCGAAGGAGGUCUGUGGUUUUACUCUUCACCCUCUCCGGCAACUUCAUCCUCCUGUGGAUGACAUAUAUUGUAAAUGUCAUAUAUUAUCAGGGCUCUGGAAAAGGAUUGGAUUUCGAUAAUUCUGAAUGGAUCUUUCACUACGUCGGGUAUUUGCAGAGGGAUUUCAGCUGUUGCACGAACACCUUUAUUUACGCAGUGACUCAGUCAAAAUUCAGGGCGCAGGUGAUCAGUGCUGUGAAAUAUCCGCUCACUUCGGUACUUCAGUUCAUUCAUAAAAACGCGUCCUGA